AUAACAAAACUUAAUUGGUCCCUUGCUAUUGUUUAGAGUUGGUCUUCCACAAUCUUCUAGUCUGGCUUCGAAAGGAACUCAGCAAAUACGGAGUAGAAGAAAUCGUAGGAGAGAGAAGAGAAGAUGAAUCCAAACACAGACAAGCUAAUCAGACGCACAACCAUGAUUGGAACUGCUGUUGCUGCUUACUUUCUAUUAACCGCUGAUUAUGGUCCUCAACCCAAUGUUCUUGACCCUAUCAAGAAAAGAAUACAAUCAGCAGAACGUUCAGCAAAGGAGUUCAUAUUUGGAACAAGAAAGAGACCAAAGGAAAGUGAUGCUGGUAAAACGGACUCAAGCAGUAACAAGUGAAGUCUUUAGUGUGUACAAAUGUUAUUGUGUUAGGAUACCGUUUAUGUUUUCUGUUUUAGCGUAUGGUUAAUUAAUUACGAUAUAGGGUUCAGACUCGUUGGAACUAGGAAACUCGUGUAAUCAACUGAUAGAGGCUCGGUAAUUACAUCAGUUAGUCUUUCAUGUAUAAUGUAUUCACUUUGUUUUAUGUUGUUAAAGGCUCAUUUUCAAUACCAAAUUUAGACAA